AUAUUUUACAACAACUAAACUAACAACAAGAGAAAAAUAUUAAGACAUUUUCUGUUUUUCUGUGGCUAAAUCUAAAAAAACCAUAUAAAAAUUACAAAAAUUAGGAGUUUUUCAGACAAAAAAUUAAUUAGAAAAUAUUGAAAUUGUUGUUGGAAAUCGAAAAAGAUAAAACUGUACAAUAAGAAAAGCAUUAAGAAAUUCUAUUGGAUUGUAAAGAAAAAGGCGCCACCACCAACGAACAUAGAAGGAGAUUCCCAAGUACAACAAUCUGGAAGACGGCAGAGAUACUGAUUUUUAGAAAUGCCUCGUAUGCUGGCAAAUGAGUUUGUCUACGCCACCAACACAGUUCCAAUAGAAGAAAAUUGCAGUGACUACAUAACCCCCACUACGCCACCAACAGUUGGAUCACAUUACCAUCAGCAUCCACAGCAGCAGACACAAGAGUUGCAGCAAAGCCAUCAUCACCAUCAGCUGCCGUCCAAUAAUGCUUCAAUAACAAUGCCAGAGGCAACCACUAGUCACAGUCCCAUACAAAAUGUCACACAGGAUUGCAUGCAAACAAGUGAAGAUGGUGGUCACAACACUAGCCCGGAGGUGCAACAGCAUCAACACAUACCCACAAUUUCCUGCAAUGAUGAUGUUGAAGCACCACAUCCCACAACAUUGCACAAUGAGGCUGAGCGUGAUGUUGUGGCAGCCACCAGCAUAAGUUCAGAUGACAUGGAAGAUUUUAAAGGUUUCGACGACGAAGAAGAAGUAGUUCCUUUAGAAAAUCCCAUUGAAAAUGAACCAAAAGAUGAAGUAGAUGUUUAUGUAUCUAGUCGUGAAAACUUGAAACGUCAUUUGUCCGCAGAGGUUGAUCAUCAGUAUCGUGAGGACUCUGAAGGUGUUGUUGAAGCCAUUGAAGUUGAUGAUGAAGAUGUCGAGGAAGUUGAUGGUCAAAUAAUGUUCAAAUCAAAUUUGGAAGAAACACCUAAAAAGGGUGACAAUUGUAAUGCCAUAGAUUAUAAUCCACAUACGCCGAGUAAACGUAAGAGGCGGCAGGAUGAUGGAUUAUCUGGUGAAGCUGUAUCACCCUCCCAUUUGAAAACACCACCGGAUCAAAUUGUUGAAAUCAAUUCCGAUUCCACAACAAUAUCUCAAAAACAGAAGCGUCAACAAAUCAAUACAAAAUUCCAAUUGAAUUUCAAUCAACGGCAAAAUUACAAAUGCGUUGCUGCAAAUGCCUCGGCCAACAAAUGUUCAACCGAAUCGACAAGUGAAUUUCCCGUUAGCUCACCAUCUAACCCCCAACAAAACCGUGGAGGUGGCGGUGGUGGUAAAUAUCCUCCAAGGCCACCUUUGCUGAAAAAUACCUUACCGGCCGACUCAUUUGAGCGCCAGCUGGCCAUGAUAACCGCCUGUAAUCCACAAAUGACAUUGGCUGAGAAAAUCCAAGGUUGGUGCUGUGAAGACGACUACAGCGAUGUGGAAGAUGUUGCUCUCUUCGAUGAGGAAUUCAAACGUUUAGAGGAACAACGAAAGCUUGAGCUGACCAAACAGAAAAAUAAACGACAAGCUCCGAACAAACAAUAUGACUUUGGUAUAUUUCGUCAAAUGAUAAUCGAUAAUAUGAAUAUGGCCCAGAAGAAUAAAAGACUUGGUGCCGGCGGUGCGGAUGCUGGGCAUUCCUCACUAAAGCAACAAGAUGAAACAACAGCCACAAGUGCAUCCAGCGCUAGCAGUAGUACUAGUGAAUCUAAUAAAAAUCUUAAACACGCUGAUGAGAGACCAUCCACAUCGGCUGUGGCCCAACAACAACUUCAACAAAGGCGUUGUAAACCAAAUGUGGUUACAAAUCCAGAGAUGGGGGAAAUAAAAAAGUCUCAACGUUUUGUCAAAGAUUCCAAUAAUAAAAGAAAUCAGAAUUCUACCUCUCCUCCAGCAACAUCUUCAUCGGAUAAUGAUUGUUUUCAAAACUCCAAAAAAAUUGCCACAACUGCGCAUAAACGUUUUCCCAAAGGAGGAAUUGGUGGUGGAGGAGGCGGUGGCGGAGGUUGUGGCCCCCAAGUGCACAUACAUGAAAAACUAUUGUGCCCCAGUAGUUCUGAAGAAGCGAAUAGCCAAGAUGUACCUACACAUAUGCAAUUGAUGAAAGGUCCACCGAACCCCCACAACAAUGUCCAGAGAACGAAGGCCAUACAAAACCCCAAAGAAAUGAAAAAAUUAAGUUCAUUGGCAUCAAGUGAAAAGAUUGAUUCGUUUUUUCGGUUAAACCGGCUUAACAGAGAAAUCGAUAAGCCAAUAGCAAAACUUCCCGACGAUGUCAUAAAGGAAGAAAAUAAAUUUGAGGCUGAUGUAAAACUCCUAGAAAUUGAGCCAAAAAAUGGUCAGCAAUUAUUUAAGACACCUACAUUGCCAUCAAAAUAUUCUCCCAAUCCUCCUCUUCAGCCCACAGAGGAUUUUAAUGUAUUGAACAAUAAAUUCAAUUCGAUUGCUAAGCCUCUUAAACUAUCAUUGGAAUCUCAAAUAAAUUCAAAAAAAGAAAUUGAAAACAAAGUGAAAAUUGAGGCCAAGCUGGAGCUGCAUGAGGAGGAGAAUCAUGCCGCCACUACCAAUAAUCAGGAUCAGGAAAAUGAUCUCGAUGAAGGAGUAUAUCAUGAACAGCAUGAAUUUUGUAAUUAUUUGGGUUUAACGGGAAUGUCAACAGCCACAGCCAUGGCCAAUGCCGUGGCUGAAUUGGCCCAAUGUAAUAUGGCAAGACGAUCUAUGCGUGUACUGCGCCAACAGCAGCAGGAACGCAAAGAAAAGAAUGCCAAAGAAGAAACCCCACAAAAGUCGUUGAAACAUAAACGUCAACAAGUCAAAGAGCAAAAGAAGGCAGAGCGUAAUGAAGCUGAAUCACUUAAGUCGAAAUGUUCCAAUUCUCAAGCCUCUGAGUCUUUGACGCAUUCAACUGCCUCCACAAAGGGUUUAAGUAAAAAACUCCCCAUAAAAUCCCAGUCAUCAAUGCCGCCAAUAGUCAACACCACUCAAAAUGAGCCACAAAUAAAAAUUCUGUGUCAUAUAGCAAACACAACAAAUACCCUAGAAAAAGUAUCGGAAUUGGAAAGUAAAUCAAUUGAGGACAAUUCUUUGCCACCACGAGAAUCAUUAAUGCGCCAAGCCAAGAAAAAGAUACUUGCUCUUGCGGAUACUCAUGACUUGAAGAAAAAUGAGAAAUAUUCCAUAAACACAAAGGAUAUUAAGACUGAAAAUAUAACAACUUCAGAUGAAUUGAAUAUUGGUGGGAGAUCUAAAGAACUUUCAUCUCCUAAAUGGCUUAACAAGUACAAUAAAGCAUUAAGAUCUCAGCGUUCCAAUCAGGCAACAAGUGAUCCCAAUAUUGCCGAGGAGAAGCAUAGCAAUUCCAUUAAAAUUGAGAAUCCUAGUCCAUCGAUGGUCAAUGAAUGUUUCAAAACCAAAGAUCUGUUUAAACCAGAAGCUUCAAUUGACCUCUGUAGCUGCAGUAAUAACAGUAUUGAUGAUGGCCACGAUGGAGCAUUAACACCCACCAUUUCACUGUUUAUGAAACAUAAAUUGCAAGCGGCCUUGGUGGAGUCGCGUAAAACCAAACCCAGUAUUUUUAUAGUACAAACAUUGGAGAGUACCAAGGACAAGGGGACAAACUCUUCAGACAAAAAAGAUGCAACAAAUGAAACAACUCCCAGUACUUCACCGCUCAAAAAAGGCAUUUCAAAGGUGGAAAUCAAAACACAAUUGGUGGUCAACAACAAUUCAAAUGAAAAUUUAAAAGUCGUCAAUAAUAUCACAAAGAAAAACAAGAAUAACAACAACAACAGAAGUAUGCUUAAGAUGCGUAGAUCUAAGACAUUUAGCCUACGUAGCACACCAAAACGUGAGCUGAGGGCUAGAAAAAUCAUCUUCAUUAAAUCUACAUCGAAAAAAGAUAAGCAUGUCGCCACCAAGAAAAUCAAGGAUGAGGAAGUGUCAUUGAAAAAAUCUCUUGCCAAUCACUCUGGAAAUAAAACCAAGGAAGCCAACAAAAAAGAGAAACGUGAAAAUGUUACCAAAAGUUUUUGCAAUGCCCAAACGGAAACAAGUGAUUUGGAAAUAUUGUGUAACCAAAAUUCGGCUCGAACCCGUCUUAUGGCAAAGGCCACAGCAUUAUUGCAACGUUCCAAGCGGCGUAUGUCUUUUCUGGGCCGGGCACGUGGAGGUGGAAAUGGUACGGGAGGUAAAAACUUGAGAUCUAAAUUAGGUCUUAAAUUAAUCGCCAAACCCCAAAAUCUACAACCAAAGGAAUAUAAAACGGCGUCAACUUCUAUAACACCACCACCCUCAGCAGUUAAGCCACUAUCCCCGGCCACAACUUCCCAUGAAGAUCGUGAAGUUUUAAAUGUGAUGGCCCAUCCCACACCAGUCACCCAUCCCUCUUCUUCGAACUUUCAAGAAAACGAAAACGUUGUUGUAUCCUCAACAACAAAUUCGUAUGAUGAAAGACUUGGUCAAACGGCGAUUAUCAUUCCAUCCUCUUCACCCAUUACCUUGGCAUCGACCACACCAGUUGAAACUAAGGACAACUGGACACAAUGUGAGCCUCUAACCACUGGUGCUGGAGGUGUUACCUAUCUCUAUGGCUUUCCAACAGCUACCCAUCAAAUGCGUAAUCCAAUCAAACACGAAUACGGUGCAGUUUUAUAUAUUUACUAUGAAGUUGAGGUACUCAUUGUUGUACAGGAACGUUUAAUAAGUUUUUGGAAAUGUCCAAAACUGGCAAAUGCCCUAACCACACCAGUUUACAACCAUAAUUCGCCGUAUAUGUCGUCAAAUUCGCCCAAAAUUGAAGAAAUUUAUAAAAAUUUCAAAUUUUCCCCCACUUCAAAUGGCGAAAGUGACUGGCUGCUGUUGGGAGAAUUAAAGCGAUUGACACAUGAUUUUGAAAUUGUUGUACCCUUUGGCAAUCGUAUUUGUCUACACAAUUCCACACCCAUUUAUGUGGAGAUGCGGGCCCGCCCCCUACCCAAAAAUCAUCGUGAAUGUAAUCUAUUAUCCAUUUACAUUAAUAUCUACUACUAUCAUGAUGAGGAAAUGAUUGCCAAGAGCAAUUCCAUACAAUUGGAUAACAUACAAAGUGAUGUCAAAAGUGUCAACUAUACAACUUUGGUGGACUCACGCUAUUUCAUCAUAACAUGGCCUCAGGAAAAUCUUUUGGGUAAAACACGUUCCGGCCUGUGUAAAUACUCCAUAACACCGCAGUUGGAUACCCUGGCUAGUAUUAGAGAAUUUAAAAGUAUGCGUCACACAAUACGUUAUUUGGAGUGUAUGAAAGAUGAUAAACUUCUCGGCUUGGGCGAUAGUCAAAUAACCAUUUGGGAUCAUCGCAGCGGGGAUGUUCUAAUGAAUUAUGAUCUCGAAAUCCCAUUGGGUAAACAUUUAGGAUCUGUCCAUUUUCCGAGUCAGGAUAUUGAAGAGAAUAAUAUGAUUAUCUUUUAUCAAUUUCGUGAUCUUAAUCCAAAUGGCAAUGUAAAAACGCCACCUGAACUAUUAACCCUGGCCUGUACAAUAUCGCAUAGCCAGCCGACGUAUCGUAUUCUGCAACAACAACCAUUACCAAACACAUUUAGGCAGGUGAAAAAUGCCAUCAAUACCGGAGAACAUAUUGUUGUAACAAACGAUAGGAAUGAUGAAAUUUGGAUAUGUUGCAAUAAUCCACGUUUGGUGGCACUGGUGCCACAAUGCGGCGCAAAACAACGUUUCUUUAGUCGCGAGCGAUCACAAUUAAUUGAGCUUAGUGGGGAUACCCUCAACUUGGAUACUUUGUCAAAUAGUGUUUUAAAAUUAGCUGCUGGUUUGGCCUGGCAACAACGUUUUUAAAAAACACACUGUAAUGCUGUUUUCGAUUUUUAAUUAAAUUAUUUUAGUUUAUAGUUUUUAAAUUCUAUAGAGCGAGAGGAAUUUUGUUAUUUUCAAGUUAUAAUGAAUUCAGGUUUUUUUUUUGUUUUAUUUGAAGUCUAUAUUAGUUUUUUAAAAACAAAAUAUUAACGCUUCCCCGUUCAAUUUCAGCCCCCAUUUUCUUUAAGAGUUGUUAAACACAUUUGUUUUUUUUUUUUCUUUUCUUUUAUUAUUAUAAAAUUUUUUCUAAUUUAAAAAAAAACCUUUGUUAUUUUACAUUACUAUAUAGUUUGUAGUUGCUAUUUAUUAGUAUUGAAUUUGAGUUGUUUUAAUUUUGAAUCACUAGAAUCACUGCAAAGGCGAAGAAACAAAAUUGAUUACGUACGUGCAUAUAUUGUUUUUUAAUCUAGGAAACCCAUUUUAUAUAUUUUAGCUUUCAUGAAGAACCCAACAACAAUAACUUGAAAUUAAGAAUUCAACUUUUGUAAUAUAUUAAAAAUUCAAGUUUCGCUUUAACUUUAUAUUAAAACAUAAACGCAUAUUUCUAAAUAUUAUUACACCCACACGCCCAUCAAAUAUAUAUGUAUUUUUAGAAAAAAAAACAAAAAAGAAAACAUUUAAAUCUUUAAACAAAAUCCCAACAACUUACUACAUACAUACAUACAUAUGUGUCUGAGACACUUUAAUGUUUUUAAUUUUUAAAUAUUUGUUCUCUUUUUUUUAGUAUUAAACGAACACAACAAAAUUAUAAAGGAAAUAAAACUCUUGUAAUAUUUUAAAUUUACGAAAAAUAAAUUAAAAAUAUUUAAA